AUGUCAUUAGAACAACAAGCACAAGAUAGAAAAAGAUUUGAUUUACCACCAACAGUACAAGAUGAAAAUUUAGAAACAGUUGAAGCAGUAUCACAAAAAAUUCAAGAUGAUAUAUUGAAAAAAUUUCAAUCAACAGUUGAUCAAAAUUUUGCAGAAGCAGGUAAAGAUAAUUUAAAAGUUGAAAAUAUAAGGAAAAAGGCAAUUACAAGUGAUUUAAUGAGAGAUUUACAACCAAAAUUAGAUGUUUUAAAUGAACGUACAAAUGAAUCAAUUCAAAAAAUUUUAAAAGAAAGAAUAAGGAAAUUAAGGGAAGAUGUCACUACUACAAAUUGA